CUUAGAUUGAGUCAGUAGGUCUGUCAGUCAGGGGUUGACGUCUACGUGGUGAGGUUUGGAACCACUAACCYGGUUGUACACUUAUCACCAUGGUUCAGACCCAUAGUGGGAAGGAGACUAGCCCCUACACCAUUGAGCAGCAAGAAAAGAUGGCUGCCUUAGUCAGAGAGAGUAAGGAGAGGAAAAAGCGUGAAAAGCAAGCCAAGCUAAAGGCCAUCGCAGACGAGCAGGCGGUGAAGAUGAAGAGAUUGGAGGAGGAGAUGAAGAAAGUACAACAAGAGGAGGAAGAAAGAAGAAAAGCUGCUGAAGCAGAAGUGGCUGCAGAAGAAGAGAAAGAGAGGAUGAGGAUUGAGAGUGGAGAAGGGAGUAGUAGUGGCACGAUGACGAGGGAGACCGAUAUAGGGCUGGAGAAGAGGAUCAGCGAGUGGGUCGCUAAUUUAUCGUUGGGAGAAGAGGAGGCGGAGUCCUAUGUUGUUGAAGAAGAGGCUAUCUGGCAAUGGGAUAAAGAUUGUACGUCUGCGCUCGAGAAGUUAAAGCGCGCGUUAAUAGAAUAUCCUGUCCUCAACGUAGCAGAUCCAUCCUCGCCAUUUGUCGUUGCCACGGACGCGAGUCAGUAUGGGAUAGGCGCCGUGUUGCAGCAAGACGACGACAAUGGUUAUAGACCCGUAGAGUUCAUGUCAGCGAGGAUGCCCUGUGAGAAGGUUGCUACCUCCACGUACGAGAGAGAACUCUACGCUCUCAGGCAGGCUUUAGACCAUUGGAAGCACUACCUGCUUGGGAGGCACUUCAAAGUCUAUUCGGACCAUGAAACGCUUAGAUGGUUGAAGACCCAGGCCAAAAUGACACCUAAGUUGACCAGGUGGGCUGCAGAGAUAGACCAAUUCGACUUUGAGCUCAAGCCAGUGAAGGGCAAGUAUAUCGUGGUUGCGGAUGCUCUAAGUAGGAGAUCAGACUACUUCGGAGCUGUAGUACACUAUCUGGAUAUAGGGAAAGACCUGCAGGAGAAAGUGAAGCAAGCGGAGGAGCCAAUGAAGAGGACACGAUACCGAAGUAAUAGUGGCAGCGGAAGUAGGGGUACAGCGACGCCUUACCUUCACCAUAGUCUUCCUCAUCACCUCCCGCAGCAUCUUCAUGAGGCAAUCGUACCCAGCAGCCGGGUGGAGGAAGAGGAGGAUGUGGAGGACGGUGAGGAGGAGGAAGAGGAAGAACUUGGACGUGUUGCGGUUAAAGGUACCGAGAUAAGACGAGGUAUGGUUGAAGAGGAAAUAUCACCACACCCACGCAACAAGAGAGCAAGGCGGUCUGUGUCGUCUCGGUAUUACCAUCAGCACCAGCGAUCAGUCAUCGAUGGGAUGAUGUCGGUUGGCAUCGGUGCGGACAAUGAACGCAACCGGCGAGUCAUGGGGACUGUCGCAGGAAUCAGUGGAGGGGAAAUAGGACGCGGCUUCAAGAGAAAAUCUGAGGGCCCAUACUUGGAUGCUCACGAGGGGGGUGAGAUGGCAAGUGGUGUUUCAUGUCCCCCUCCUAGACGAUUCCACGACAUGUCCACAACUACGGCCCAUUCUGGUGGGAGAGGUGGAAUGGAGGAUGAGGGAGAAUGGGGUGCAGAUGCUCCUGAGCUGACCCCAAGGGAGGUAAAGCGUUGGAAGAGGGAGACUUUGAAGAGAGAGAUUGACCGUUGCAUAUCCUUGCAAGCUAGGGUUGAUGAUCUGAUACGACGCAAACAGAUGGGGGCAAGGGACCUUGGAGGAGGCGGUGUGCGUCAUCAACAGCAGCUACAUGCUAUAGCACCGUCUACGUCGGGGUACCGAACAGAAAACGGCUCUUCGAAUGGGUUUAGUGGAGGCAGGGCAAUGGCAGGGGCAGGAGUAUGCCUGCAGCAGCAGCAGCAGCGGGGUAGGUUGGCCGCGGCAGUGGCACCACCACCACUGACUUCAACAGAGCCAUUUCCGUCAUCAACAACAACGGCAAGAAGUGAUGACAUUGUGAAGGGAAGGAUGAAAGAGACCAGUAGUAGUCGGAGUGGACAUGCUGAGGAUAUGGCAGUCGCAGUGCCUGCAGUGACGACAAAGGAGACACGUUUAUCUUCUCGUCAAGCAAGCUUAACAGUUGCUGAUAAUGUGGUGGCAGGGGGCUCAUUGCCAGCAGGUCUGGGUCCUUCUAAGGAAAAGCGUACGCCAAAGGCCAACCCUGUUUACAAUAACUCAGAGUUUGUCUCCGGCAAGGACAGGGUCCCGACAGCAGACAAAUCUAAGGGGAAAUCAUCGGCGGGCACGAAGCGUGGGGGUGCAACGGCGCAAGCGAAGCCACUAUCAGUGUAUGAAGCUAAGAAGCAGAAAAUUGAAACCGUCCGUGCAAAGCGGAUGGCUGAUAUCAUGAAGCAAUGUGCAGCGGUUCUGCGGAAGAUUCAAAAUCAGAAAAACUCUUGGGUGUUCAAUGAGCCUGUGAACUGGGUCCAGCUUAAAUUGUAUGACUAUCCGAAGAUCAUCAAGAAGCCUAUGGACCUGGGUACAGUGAGGAGGAAGCUGGAGAGUGGGGUAUAUGGGGUUCCUGGCCCUUUUGCAGAGGAUGUGCGCCUUGUUUUUUCAAAUGCGAUGACGUACAACCAACCGAACAGUGAAGUGCACGACCUAGCCAAGGACCUUCUUGGCAUGUUUGAGGAGAGGUACAAGAAUAUUGAAGAUAAGUUAGCAGAGGAGGCAAUCAAAUUCCGGGUGGAGGAAGAGGCAUUGGCUGCACUGGCAGGUGAGGUCAAGCCGCCAGCAGAGGUUCGAGGACCUGCUUCAAAAGUGGUAAAUCAACCGAAAACGGGGCCGAAAGUUCCGCAGCAGCAACAGUUGGUAGAACGGAGAGUGCCACCAAGGUCCACAGCAGCUGUUAGCACAGUCAACACAGGAACUGGGCGCCAGUACAGUGGUGGGAAGGCCAAGCCACCACCACCGCCACCUGCAGCAGCAGCAGCAACACCUACUGCACUACCACCAUCCCUGCCUCCGCCAUCACCUCCACAGCAGCAAUCAGCUAUGGAGCCAAUGGCGGCCGGGAAGAGGCCAAUGACGAUGGAGGAGAAGCGGAAGUUGAGCCAGAACCUAGGGCAACUUCCUGGUGAGAAAUUGGGUCACAUUGUUCACAUACUGUCCUUGAGAAAUCCGAGUCUUAAUCAGGGGGAGGACGAGAUAGAGCUGGACAUAGACUCACUCGACACAGAAACUUUGUGGGACCUUCAUUCCUUUGUUUCUAGCUGCAUGAAGAGCAGCAGAAGGAAUGCCACACGGGGUGGGGGAGGAGGAUAUGAUCACCAUGAAAGUGACGAGCAUGAUGCCUGGAUUCACUCGAGUGGCGAUCUUCAUCGACCACAGGAUGAGGAAGAGGAGGAAGAUGAGGAUGAGGAGAAAAAGGCAUGCUGGGCGAAGAAUCAUCAAAGCAGCAGUUCUACAAGACCUGCUUCCCGCAAACAGGGUGUAGGACAGGAGUUCAUUGGAGAGGAGGAAUCAAGAAAAGGUGACAGCGCCAGCGUAGUGAGGAGCCCGAAGGAUGAUGCAAAGAGAAUAGCACCCGAAGGGGUUGAAGAGGACGUGGACAUCGAUGAUGGCGCGCCAACUGCCAUCUUCUCUCCAGUUGUCAUCGAGAAGGACGAUGGCGGCUAUGGAAGCAAAUCCAGCAGCUCUAGCAGUUCAAGCGGGGAUUCAGAAUCAUCCUCCAGCGAUUCUGAAUCGGGAUCGUCAUCUGGAAGUGACUCUGAACCUGAGGAGCCAGUGAACCCUCCCGGCGCUGAUGCCAGUUUCAAGAUAUCUGGAGCUGAGCCCACGGGUUCUUCCGGCGGCACUGACUGCAGGGGACCCAGCAGCAGCCCUGCUCCGAAGAAAAACUCUGUAAAAAAUGAGAAUCAUGCAACUGGCAGUGGUGAGCGGCUGAAUGACGAGGAUGACGCACAGAAGCACAAGAUGUCUCUGCCUUCAUCUAUAUCCUCAAGGGAACCAGCACAGGUGGACGAGCAGCCUCUUGAUUGCACUCUUGACGAGUUACCAGGAACAACAUUCACAGAGAUUCGCUCUCCAGUGGAGGUGGCAGUUGCUAUGCAGGAUGUGGCGGUCGGAGAUGCUCCAUGCCCCAGUGAUUCACUGCACACGACGAGAGCACUGUCAACUUUUGUUGAAGAUCUGGUCGAUACCAAAGCUCCUGUUAAGGCUGACCAUACCCAGGGCCUCGUUGCGCUUGUGGAUAAGCUGCAUGUUGCGAAUGUUGGUGUAAUGCAUGAUUCUGCCGAGGUUCAGUGUCCACCAAAGUGCAUUGUGGUCAAUCAGGAGGUCUCGGCUGCCGCAGAGUCGGUGGCGGUAGAUACAAUGAUGCUCUCUUCAGAUGAUGCGGCACCAUUCUCUCUGCCUCAGAUGGUCGAGGUUGGUCGCGGCACACUGGUGCAGAGUGGCCCCUCAUUGGAAAUGAAGGCAAGCGAGCAAGGUGCCUGGGAUGAGCCGUCCAGCAAGCCAACUGCCAGAGACGUAUCGGAGCAUGCACCACCUCCUAUGUUAUCACCAGCAUUAUCCCCGUUGGUGUUAACCCCUGCAACCAUGCAAAGGCCAUCGGGACCGACGGUAGCGAUUGCAGAAAUAGCAGGUGUUGCUGAGUCAUCACCGCCACCGCCACCGCCAGUUACUCCCAUAGCAUCAGGAGCAGGAAGCUUGAUUGCAGUGCCAGCAACCUCUGGUGUCCUGGAGGGCUCAGCCGAAGAAUUGGGGCCGGCAGCGGACUCCUCUGUUGUGAAGCAACCACCUUCUGCAUGUGUCCCAGAGGAGAAAGUUGUGCCCAAAGAGUCGGAGGUGGAUCAUUUGCUGGGCUCAGAGGUGGCUGUGAGGGCGGCCAUGCUCCGCGGAAGAUUUGCAGAGACAAUCAUUAAGGCUCGUGAGAAGAUAGCACAACCCUCACUGACGAAUGCCAAGGUGGAGAAGAUUGAUCCGGAAACUGUGAAGCGGCAACUGGAAGAAACUCGAAGGCGGCAAAAAGAAGCCAGAGGAGGAGGAGGAAGAGGAGGACAGAGGGAUCGAAUGGCGCCAUUCACAUUCCUGUUUCAUGGAAGGCCACAAUUGGCAGAUUGGUUAAAAACAGCAGUCCAACAUGCUGUUACUGUUCAUCGAAUUUGUGUGAGAAUGGAGCAAACAGCAGUGAGAAGAUUGGACUUCAUGCAUAACUCUUUGGACCAGAUCUUGGACCUUUUGCAAAGGCCAGGAUUUAGGCCAGCUGCGCAGUCGCCGUUGCCGUUGACGGCGAUGUCAGGCCCCUUUCCGGUACAAGCUGGCACACAACCAAGUGGUACGUCUGCAGCAGCCGCACAGACUGUUGCUUCUUCUUCUUGUGGGUCAGCGGUGGUAGCUACACCAUCACCGCAGCAGCAAGGUCAAUGGUACCCAAAGAACCCUAUGAAACCGCCCCUUGCCUUCUCCGGAGAGAAGAAGGACGAGGAACUCAACACAUGGUUGAGAACGGUUCCAGUGUGGGUAAGGGCAAAAGAGGACUAUGCAGGAGAGGAGGUGAUUACUGCUGCAUCUUACCUUGAGGGUAAGGCAGCCAAAUGGAUGGAUGGAUUAGUGGCAAAGGCAGGGUACUUUCUGUUGGGACGGUUUUUCUACUUGAGAACCAACCAUCAGAUCCUCAAAUGGAUCAAGACUCAACCGGCUCUUUUUGAUGCACUUGAGCGCUGGAUUGAGGUCAUAGAUCAAUAUGACUUCAAGCUAGAGUAUCUGAAGGGAGAGUACAACAAGGUUGCAGAUGCGUUGUCCCGGAGAGCAGAUUACCUAGGGGCGCGAGUUUUUGAGUUUGGUGUAUUUGAGGAACUAACUCAAUCGCUGGUGGGAGCCUAUCAGGAAGACCCUGUCACGAUGGACAUCAUACGCAAGCUUCAGGCAAAAGACAAGGCCACAGAAGAUGAGUUUGUGAUGGUGGACGGGCUUCUCUCUCUUGAUAAGGCCGGAUUUAAAAGGUUAGUUGUUCCAUCUAGUGAACGUUUGCGUAGUUUAUUCUUAGGAGAAAGUCAUGACGCAACCGGCCACUUUGGCUACAAAAAGACGAGUGCCAUUUUAGUCCAGCGAUUUUGGUGGUUCGGAAUGCUAGAAGAUGCAAAGAAGUAUGUUGAGACCUGUCAGGUCUGUCAGCGGGAUAAGCCGCGAACUCGAGCACCGCUUGGGUUGCUGAAGCCUUUACCUAUCCCCGCUGGUCCGGGACAGAGUGUUUCCAUUGACUUCAUGGACACCCUGGUGACCAGUAGGAGUGGCAAGAGGCACAUCUUUGUCAUCAUAGAUAGAUUCACCAAAGAUGUCCGCUUCACAAGUGAGUUGUGGAAGAAGACUGUUGAACAGAUGGGCAGUCAACUUCAGAUGACUUCAGGGAAUUAUCCCGAAGCCAACGGACAGGCCGAGCAAAUGAACAGAGUUGUACAACACCUGCUGAGGCAUUACAUCAAGCCCAGUCAGGAUGAGUGGGAUGAGAAGUUGCCUCUCAUCGCCAGCCUGUACAACAACGUUGUACACAGCAGUACCGACGUUAGUCCUAAUCAACUGCACUUGGGAUGGAAGCCUAGAUCAGCUCUGGACUUCCUCCUACUUGAAAACGGACCCUCUGCAACUCCAGGCACACUUGAGUAUGGUGUGAAGUAUGAGAAGUUGCUGCAGCAAGCUGUCGAGCACAUCAAGAAAGGUCAGCAAACAAUGAUUGCUUCUAAGAACAAACAUCGUCGACAAUUCUCAUUUCAGGAAAGGAAACUAGAGGAAGAGCUAAAAGCCGUUGAAGAAGAAGAAGAAGACGAAGAAGAAGAAGAAGAGGAAAAUGGUGAGAGGUUGUAUCGUCGUCAGGCAGAACGAGGGGAGUCCAGCAGGCCAAGUGGCAUCACCCUUCAGCCCGCGAACAUGAACUGGCUUGAUCAGUAUGGGUAUAGGACUCCCAUGUAUGUUGAGUCAGAAGAGGAUAAAAAUGCGUUUGUGGAACUCUUAGCUGCAACAGAAGAUCCUACAGAAAAAGAGCUUCGCAUUCAAGAGAAGAAAGCGGAAUUAAGUAACAAAAUGGUAGCCGCAAAAAGACGAGUUCGACGAAAAGAAAAGACUGAAGGAAAAGAAGGGGAGCGACCUCAGAGGCAAUUGCAGGAACAGAAGGCGCAAGAACAAAGACCUGCUAUUGACGAUCGACGUUCCCUUGUUACUGAUACACUCCUCCACACCAAUCAACAACUGGCGGUGUUAACUAAAAAUGUCCAGGGCCUCGAACAACACCGAUUUGAGUUCGAAAGGGUCUGGAACCACUUCUUGCAAAUAUCCGCACAAGAAAUGGACAAACAUAUAGUCACUUGUAUAGAGAGUCUAGAUGAGCAGCUGGCCAAGAGAUUGGCAGAUCCCGCCGUGGCCAAGAAAAUAUUAGGCGGCGGAGGAGGAGGCGGAGGAGACGGAAAUGGAGAUGGCGGAGACGGUGAUAGGAAAGGAAAGAGAGUGAAGCAGGAGGAAACUAGGAUGUUAGAAAGAUUAAAGUAAAAAUCCCAUGGACGUAUAUGGGGAAAAAGGACGAAAGUGUCUUAUACUGGAUUGCAGCAGUGGAGUCUGACGUCAACGGACAGCGCAUUCCGUAUUGGGACCGAGUUCUCAUGGCCAAUUCAUGUAUGGCCGGAGGCGAUGAGUUUCGCCAUUUCACUGCAAAAAGAAGCUGGUUGCCAGACCAUGGUUGAAUACUCUCAACAAACGAGAAUUGAAGAC